GAGGUGAAAUAGUUAUUUAGCCAACAUUUAAUGCGACUGAACACUUUGGCUGUUAUGUUAUUGGAGACGGACGUGAGCACAAGAACGAAACAAAAUGUCUUUAUUACGGCCACUCCAGCGUUUAAUAUCUUCUAGUAGUGGUCUUUACCACCCGACCUCACGAUGCCUUGUCCAUCCACCUGUUAACUCACACAUCACAAAGAGGACAAUUGGCAUGAUUCCUAUUGUAAUAGAACAGACAGGAAGAGGAGAACGUGCCUAUGAUAUCUUCUCUCGUCUUUUGAAGGAACGGAUUAUUUGCAUCAUGGGGCCAAUAGAUGAUAACAUAGCAAGUUUGGUGAUUGCGCAGCUACUCUUUCUACAGUCUGAAAAUACCAAGAAACCUAUUCAUAUGUACAUAAACAGCCCUGGUGGAGUUGUCACAGCUGGUCUAGGAAUCUAUGACACUAUGCAGUAUGUCCAACCUCCUAUUGCUACAUGGUGUGUGGGUCAAGCAUGUUCGAUGGCAUCUCUACUGCUAGCUGCUGGGAGUCCAGGGAUGAGGCACUCACUACCACAUGCACGUAUCAUGAUCCAUCAGCCCCAUGGUGGAGCUCAGGGUCAAGCCACAGACAUCCAGAUACAAGUAGAAGAGAUUUUGCGAUUGAAGCACAGGCUUAAUAAUUUAUAUGUUAAACAUACUGGCCUUGCUUUAGAAAAAAUAGCCCCGAUGAUGGAGCGUGACAAAUUCAUGGAAGCAAGUGAGGCCAAAGACAUUGGGCUGAUUGAUCAAGUCUUAGCCAGCCCACCUAAAGUAGGAGAUACUGCACCUCAGCCUUCAGAGUGACCUGUCAUGGAGUGUAAGCUGACCCAAAGAAAAUAUAUGAAUUACAAUCAGCAUACUGUACAGAAAACUAUAUUUCUCUCCCCUAAAGUAAACUUUCAAUUGCAUGACGCUUUUGUGACAGAGACAGGACUAUCUAAGUUGAUAAUGUGGCAUCUAUUUCACUAUGAACAUAUACUGUAUGUCUCAGGUACAACAGUAAUACAAAGAACAGGUGCUGGCAUAUUUAUAUUAAUUUUUUUUUGAUUACAUGCUGCCAGAAUUAAAAACCCUGAAGAUUCUGUUAAUGAAAGAUUUUAAAUAAAGAUAACUGGCUAAUAUAUAUGAAAUGACACAAAGUUUCUCUGUGUCAUUUCAGCUUUUGACUAGACAAUUUGAAAAAUAAUUAAUGCAAGGUUUUGGUGAAAUUUGAGGAUGAAGAUACAGUAGAAUCCCAGUUAUCCGGCAUCCGGGCAAUCAGUAGAUUCAACUAAAUGGCACCAAGUUAGCAGUACUCCAAGUUAGGAAGAAUGAAUCCCUCAUGAACUUAAAGCAACUGCUGAGGAGUGAAGUAGCUAAGGCAUCUGGGCUUGUUGCCCCCGGAGGUGUAAUAAAUUAAUUAAAUAAUAAAUAAGUCCAGCAUGACUAAACAGAUGCUCACAAGCAGCAGAUAAGUCACAUAAUAUCGGGAAACACCUCAGUAGCUCCAUUGCUUCCUUGGGCACUCCAAGUACCUAUAAAGCUCCUUCAGUUGAGGAGUUUGUGGAUUGUUGCCUCCAUGGUGACUAAGUCUGACUAAAACCCACCGUGAACUGUCCCUCUAAUUGGGGUAUGGCUGUGGUGACUUCACUCUUCGAUUCUAAUUGAUGGAGAAGAGAGGGAUUCGAUGGGCGAGGGAGGAAUAAGAGGGAAGGCUAGGUGAGGUGGGUGGUCAAGGUGCUAAUGGACACAAGAAGUUCAAAGGUGAAAGUCCGCUGUUAUGGCCACAGCCACCUGACCUGAACCUGACCUCACGAGACCUCUAGGUAUGUGACCGCAUGGUGUCUCCCCACACCUUUCCCUCCACCCACACAACUCUCUUACUAUAGUUAAUAAUUAAUUAAUUAAUUAAUUGAAAAUAUAUUAUUAGUUUGCCACAGACAUUAAAACUAUCUGUUAGUUUGUUUGGGUCAUGUAACGAGUAAUGAUUUUUGUUAUUUGCAGUUGUAUUGGAGUAAAAGUAUUAGAAAACCAUACUUAAGUAAAAGUACUAAAAAAAUUUAUUACUUUUUAAAAAGUAGAUAUCCAAAAAUGUUACUUGAGUACGGUACUCAAGUAAAUUUAUUUCACUACUUUCUAACUCUGAUUACAUGUAACAAUAAACAUGGCGGCUGGGCUUACGAGUCAGUGUAGUUCAUAUCCCACACACAGUACACACCCAAGCUCUUCAUUUUUCUUAUUCUCUAGUUUUAUAUUAUAUUUUCUUUAUUUCUAGGCCACAUCAUUUGUAUAGAGUGAAAUAAGUGUUAAAGAAGUCAGUUUUUUUUUUUAGAUGAAUUUGCCUGGCCAGCCUGUAACACUGUGCAUUGUAGGAUUUAUUGGGGGAUUCUAAGAAUGAUAUGCAACUACAGUAGUACCCCGAUUUACGCGGUCAAUUGAACCCACGGGGUACCGCG